GGAAGGGUGCUCCAAUGCCCACAUCAAAGGAGACUACCAGCGCAUCGGGGAUGUCAUGCUGAAGCAUCUACAGGGACUAAAGCCACUGACAGCCCACCUCCAGAAGCACUCGGAGGCCCUGGUGGAGCUGGAGAAGGCGUGCCGGGGCUCCCGGCGGCUGGAGGUGCUGGUCCGGGACUUUGAGCUGCAGAAGGUGUGCUACAUCCCCCUCAACGUGUUCAUCCUCCGGCCCCUGCACCGCCUCAUGCAUUACAAGCAGAUCCUGGAGCGCCUCUGCAAACACUACCCCCCCGCACAUGUGGACUUCAGGGACUGCAGAGCUGCACUGGCAGACGUGUCAGAGGUGGUGUCCCAGCUCCAUGGAAGCAUGAUCAAGAUGGAGAACUUCCAGAAGCUGCUGGAGCUUAUGAAGGAUUUGAUUGGCAUCGACAAUCUAGUCACUCCAGGGCGGGAGUUCCUCAGGUUAGGCUGUCUCAGCAAGCUGUCUGGAAAAGGCCUCCAGCAACGAAUGUUUUUCCUGUUCAAUGAUGUCCUGUUGUAUACGAGUCGAGGGAUGACGGCAACGAACCAGUUCAAAGUGCACGGGCAGCUCCCUCUCUAUGGCAUGACAAUCCGGGAGAGCGAGGAUGAGUGGGGUGUGCCUCACGCCUUCACCCUGGUUGGGCAGCGCCAGUCAGUAGUGGUAGCAGCAAGUUCCCUGUCAGAGAUGGAGAAGUGGAUGGAGGACAUUAAUGUGGCCAUUGUCCUGGCGGAGAGCAUCAACGGUCCUACGUCUGACCGCCUGGCCAACAGUCUGACAGAUAACAAAUCCCUAACAGAGGACUCCUGUGCAGAGGCGGAGUCUGAGGACGACCUGAUGGCGUCGCGCACCUCCCUGGAGAGGCAGGCCCCUCACCGUGGUAACACCACUGUGCACGUGUGCUGGCACAGGAACACCAGCGUGUCCAUGGUGGACUUUAGCAUAGCCGUGGAGAAUCAGCUGUCAGGAAACCUGCUGAGGAAGUUCAAGAACAGCAACGGCUGGCAGAAACUCUGGGUGGUCUUCACCAACUUCAGCCUGUUCUUCUACAAGACCCACCAGGAUGACUAUCCGCUGGCCAGUCUCCCCCUGUUGGGCUACUCUGUCACCAUCCCCACUGAGUCUGAAAACAUCCACAAAGACUACGUCUUCAAACUGCAUUUCAAAUCCCACGUCUACUACUUCAGAUCUGAGAGCGAGUACAACUUUGAGAGGUGGAUGGAGGUCAUUCGCAGUGCCACAGUCUCUGCCAGCCAUACCCGCAUUCUGAGCCGGAAAGAGUCCCAUCCGUACUGACUCAAAGAGCAGGGGGUCUCUCCCUUUCUCCGUGCCUCUUCUCCUCACCACAACCUCCCAUAGGUCUGACCACACACAGCCUCUCUUCACACUACGACUCCCUCAAGCAGCAAGCUGGCACCACACACUCUUCACUUCUCUGGAAUCUGUUGAUUUCCUUUUCUCCAUAGAUCUGGGACAUAUGUACAUUGAACAGUGUCCAUGCACAAUCUUGGUGCUUAUUGAUGCGGUGACGUGUCCGCUGGUUUAGACUGCAACAGAGACUACAUUUUCAGCAUUUUUUAUACUCUGCUCUGAACCUUUUUUUGUAGGAUGUCAUUUUAUACUGUUUUCUAACGGAGCACAUACUAUACUUCUGUUUUCACAUUCUGUCAUUGGAUAGUUUUAUGGUGGAAACUGAUUCUGCUGGGGUUUUUUUACCUGUUUUUCAUUUAGGAUAUCACUGCAUCCUCAAGGUCUUUUGUCUCCUUGUUCAUUUUAUGGGGAAAAAACGAAACAAAACAGCUGCUUUGAGAUCCAACAACUUGAGUGUCCAAACAGGUCUACCAUUGUCCUAGAUUUUACACUGCAUUUUUAUUAUGUCAGUGGGGAGGAGACUUAAAAUGUGUUGUUAAACAUGCCACAUUAAAUUACUUUUUUAAAAUAUAAAUAUAUAUAAAUAUAAGAUGUCUCUGGAGAUUGUGAGUAACCUUGUGAAAACAUGGAUGAUCAGUAAAGAUAUCCAAAUAUUUAGUUGUACUAUUGACAUAACUCUAAAACUACUUAUAAAACGAUCAGGUUAGUUACCAUCACCACUAACGCCAUUAUUCGCCAAGUAUACUGAAUAUUCCUGUUACAUGAGGAUCUUUGUCGUGUGGAUACCGCUGAGGGUUUUCUGAAUAAUAUUAUAUUCCACCCUUAAUAGUGUGAGACAUGAUCAUAAUCUGUGUAUUAUGAAGGAAACUGUAAUGGAAAGCUUUAAAGAAUAUGCGUGAACCAAAAUAGCAACUUUCAGUUCCGAGCACCAUUGCCCUUGUUGGACUAGGCUGCCCAUAUGUAAGAGACAUUUACGAAUCUAAAUGAAAUGGACAUAUGCAUAUGACAGAUAGGGUUUAUGAAGUGUAGCAUUCGAGAGGGUAUUGCGGGUGUGCUGCCAGACAACAGAGAGAGCUCUUUGGGAAAUUAAAGCAAUAAAAAAAACAUUUAUUU